AUGGCAUAUUUUAGUGUUGUUGCAAAUCAAGGCAAUUAUAGGACAGCAGAACAUGAGUUUAAGUUGAUUUUUCUUAACCGUACAAGCGUUGUUCCUGUCGCUGAUGAUGCUAUCCCCAAGACAUGUUUCAGUUUUUGUCCAUUUGAUGAGCUCUUGAAGAUGACUGAUGAUUAUGUUUACUUAGUUGAUGUGAUUAGAUUGUUAACUUCUGUUGGUGAAGAGAAAGAGUAUGUGAAAGACGGCAAAUACGUGGAUGAAGUGCAUCAUUUCUUAGGUUCUGGUUAUAUGGAGCAGCCAGUUGUUGUGAUCCAACUUGCCAAAGUUAAAUUCUUUAGAGCCAGGUGUUUUGUAGGACAAGUUUGUCUCCAAAAUGUUAUGCAUGCUACUCGCCUGUUCUUUAAUCCUGAUUUGGCUGAAGUUGUUGAUUUCAAAAACAGGUUAUUAGAUAGUUUAGUUGAUAUUGUUUCUGAUUUUUUUAUUUGGAUCUUUCCCUCUUCUGUGAUGAUUAUUAGUAUGGUUGAUCAAGAUAUCAAUGGAACACAACCAUUGUUUAUUGCUAAUGAGGGCAAGGGUGUUUCAUUGGAAGAUGAUUUUAUGCGGCUUAUUAGGAGAUACACUAUUGAGGAACUCCAUGAUAACAAUAAGGUUUAUUAA